CAAAGCACAUCUCUCCCUUCUACAUCCACCAUCAUGGAGUCCCGUGUGGCACAUCGCAGAAACGAGUACAAGAGCAAGGGUGGCUUGAAGCAGGAUGAGCUCAGGCGCCGUCGCGAAGAGCAGCAGGUCGAGAUUCGUCGGCAAAAGCGCGAGGAGAACAUCUCCAAGAGGCGUAACUUCCUCCCCAGCACUGGUGCCGACUCCGACGAUGAGAGCGGUGUGGGCAGCUGGGAGUCCCCUCUCGCCGAGGACAUGAUUGCGGGCGUGUUCUCCGAUGACUCCGAUCGUCAACUCGACGCGACGACCAAGUUCCGCAAGCUGCUCUCAAAAGAAAAGAACCCUCCGAUCGAGCGCGUUAUUGAAUGCGGUGUCGUGCCCCGCUUUGUCGAGUUCCUCCGAGGGGACAACCCCAUGCUUCAGUUCGAGGCUGCUUGGGCCUUGACCAACAUCGCUUCCGGCACGGCCGAGCAUACCCAGGUUGUGAUCAACGCGCAGGCCGUUCCCGAGUUCAUCAAGCUUCUCUCCUCUCCCGUUCCCGAUGUGCGGGAGCAGGCAGUAUGGGCGUUGGGCAACAUCGCCGGUGACAGCCCGCAAUGCCGCGACUACGUCCUCCAGCAGGGUGCGCUGCGGCCACUGCUGAACCUGUUGAGCGAGAACAACAAGCUCAGCAUGCUCCGCAACGCCACCUGGACGUUGAGCAACUUCUGCCGAGGCAAGUCGCCUCAGCCCGAUUGGGAUCUGAUCUCACCAGCACUGCCCGUGCUGACGAAGUUGAUCUACUCAUUGGACGACGAGAUCCUCAUUGACGCUUGCUGGGCGAUCUCGUACCUGUCGGAUGGCUCGAACGACAAGAUCCAGGCUGUCAUUGAGUCUGGUGUCUGCAGGCGUCUUGUUGACCUCCUCAUGCACCCGUCGACGUCUGUCCAGACCCCCGCGCUUCGGUCCGUCGGUAACAUCGUCACUGGUGACGACUUGCAGACGCAGGUCGUCAUCACUUCCGGUGCUCUCCCUGCUCUUCUGUCUCUCCUGUCUUCCCCCAAGGACGGUAUCCGGAAGGAGGCGUGCUGGACGAUCUCCAAUGUCACGGCUGGCUCGCCCCAGCAAAUCCAGGCCGUCAUUGACGCCAACAUCAUUCCUCCCCUCAUCAACAUCCUCCAGAACGCUGACUUCAAGACCAAGAAGGAGGCUUGCUGGGCGAUCUCGAACGCUACCUCUGGCGGUCUUCAGGAGCCGUCGCAGAUCCGCUACCUCGUCUCGCAGGGCUGCAUCAAGCCUCUCUGCGACCUCCUGACGAUGAUGGACAACAAGAUCAUCCAGGUUGCGCUUGAUGGCCUCGACAACAUCCUGAAGGUUGGCGAGAUGGACAAGCAGGCUGCGGGCCCUGGUGCUGCCAACGCAUACGCCCAGUUUGUUGAGGAGGCGGGCGGCAUGGUCACCAUCCACAACCUCCAGCAGCACGACAACCUCGAGAUCUACAAGAAGGCGUUCAACAUCAUGGACAAGUACUUCCCUGACGACGAGGACGCAGAGCCUGCUGUUGACGCGACAGGGACCUUCCAGUUCAACACUGAUGGUGCCGCUCCCCCUCCUGGUGGUUUCAGCUUCGGGCAGUAAAGGGUAUCAUAGUUAUGUAGCUGCAGUCUCUCGUUUCCUUCUCCUCCCAUCAUCUCCCCCCAUCGUGUAGUUUUGCCACACCAUACAGAAUAUCAAGCGCGUCUCUCUCUCAGCAACGAUCUUUCCCUCCGUCUCAGUUGGCUUGACUUGCCUCCCGUGCGCUGUCUCAUAUCCUUACGAACGAUUAUGUGUAUACUUCUUGCUAGGCCAGAGACGCCAUGCAUUCCGGUCUUCCUGGUUGUUGUGAUUCGGAAUGCGGUAUACCUACUGUAAGUACC